AAUUCGUAAUCAUCACAACAAUAUUUCUCACUAUGUUUUCUGUCAAAAGUGACAAAAAAUUAAAAGCUUGAAGAAGUUCAUUUAGUUUUUUAUGCUUGUUGGUAUAUUAGCAACUAAUUGAAAAUUGGAAGUUGUUCUAUACUAGAAUAUAAAAAAAUGGAUUUUGAAACGGUUCCAUUAAAACCUCUCAGAGACUCGCUUGAAGAAAAUGAACUUAUAGAUAACAUUAAAACUACUUCUUUAACUUGUACAAAUGCUCAAUACGAAAUUGAAAAAGAGAAAUGUUUUAAAUGUUUUGAUAAUUGGUCUUCAGAAGACCAAAUAGACUUUAUUGAAGACUUGUUGUUACGUAUGUCACAUUACCAACAUGGUCAUAUAAAUAUUUUUUUAAAACCUAUGCUGCAAAGAGACUUUAUAUCUGCAUUGCCAGCAAAGGGACUUGAACAUGUGGCAGAAAAAAUACUAUCAUAUCUAGAUGCUAAAUCUUUGCGGGCUGCUGAAUUUGUUUGCAAAGAAUGGCAUCGUGUUAUAGCUGAGGGCAUGCUUUGGAGAAAACUUAUACAUAGAAAAAUUGUUAAUGAUUCUUUAUGGAAAGGCUUAGGAGAAAGAAGAGGAUGGAUUAACUUCUUGAAUAAAUAUUCACAACAAGCCAAUCAUUCUUAUUUUCGUAAUUUAUAUCCGAAGAUUGUUCAAGACAUAGAAAAAUUAGAAUCAAAUUGGAGAUGCGGUAGACAUGGCCUUCUAAAGAUACCAUGUCAUAGUGAAAAUAUUAAAGGAGUUUAUUGUUUACAAUACGAUGAUGAAAAGAUUGUUAGUGGACUUAGAGACAAUACAAUUAAGCUUUGGGACAGAAAAACACUAGAUUGUACACAAGUUUUACACGGACAUACUGGGUCUGUCUUGUGUUUGCAAUAUGAUGAAAAUAUAAUUGUUACUGGAUCAAGUGAUGCAACUGUAAGAAUAUGGGAUGUUCAUUCUGGAGAAAUGCUUAAUACACUUAUUCAUCACAGUGAAGCUGUUUUACACUUGCGCUUUCAAGAUGGUUUGAUGAUUACAUGUUCUAAAGAUCGCUCUAUUGCUGUAUGGGGUUUGCAAUCAGCUACUGACAUAACUCUUCGUAGAGUUUUAGUGGGUCAUCGUGCAGCUGUAAAUGUUGUUGACUUUGAUGAUAAAUAUAUUGUUUCUGCAUCAGGCGACCGAACAAUAAAGGUAUGGAAUACUGGUACAUGUGAGUUUGUUAGAACAUUAAGUGGACACAGACGAGGGAUUGCUUGUCUUCAAUACAGGGGCACUUUAGUUGUAAGCGGCUCUUCUGAUUUCACAAUAAGGUUAUGGGACAUUGAUUGUGGUUCUUGCUUAAGAGUUUUAGAAGGUCAUGAAGAACUUGUAAGGUGUAUUCGUUUUGAUGGUAAACAUAUAGUGAGUGGGGCGUAUGAUGGAAAGAUUAAAGUUUGGGACUUACAAGCUGCUCUUGAUCCACGCAAACCAAAUUCUUCUUUAUGCAUAAGAACAUUAAUGGAACACCAAGGUCGAGUUUUUCGGUUGCAGUUUGACGACUUUCAGAUUGUUAGCAGUUCACAUGAUGAUUCUAUUUUAAUAUGGGACUUUUUAGAUACACAACCUCAAGACAAUACAAAAGGAAUGCAUGCGUAUGCGCGCAAGUUAACCCAUACGUGUGAAUAGAAUUCUUUGAUAAGUUUUCAUCAUUUGGAUAUAACAAUUACAAAUCAAAUGGGACGUCUAAUUAGCGCUUUUAUGAAAUCUUAGCGGCUCAUUAAUGAGCGUUGCUAUGGUGAUUCACUUAUAUACUGUUCCAAUAGAAAGUUACGUUAGUGGGUUAUAUUUUAUAUCGAUAUUAAUGUCCGAUUGAUAAAUUAUAUUCGGGUAAAAUAGUAUUCUAACAAUUCUGUCAGGUUUUUUACUCAUAAA